AUGGCUCGUGUAAGCGCUACAGUUGCUGCCUGGACGGAGAGCAACUCUUCGUUGUCGAGUGAGAGAGCUGAGCUUCAUGGUUGGAUCGCGGAGAUUGUCAGUGGAGCGAUCAAGACUGACACGGAUGAAUCAAAGCUAUUGAGGAACUAUCUGGGUGACGAUACCUGGAGCGGCGAAACUUCUGGCACUGCGCUCCUCGCUGCUACCGUAUAUCGCAUGGCAAGCAUAGCGCCCGAGAUUUUCGCCACCGACGAGUAUCUCGAUUGGGCCAACGAGAAACGCCGUGCUGUUCUUUCAAGAGUUGAUGAAAAUGGCUUCGUAAAGCCCGCUGCUAACCCAUAUGUGUCAGCCUCGAGAGAUGCAGUUGAAGUCAGCCCAGAGGGCCAGAGCUUUCUACUCCUCUUAGGCACAGCAUGGCGAGAUUGUGUCUGUGGUGGCACAUGUCUUGCGGACUACAGCCGGGAAAUUGAGCAGAAACCAUCCCGCGACCUCACUGUCGGAACAUUCUCUGGCCUCCUCGAUCGAGUUCGGAAUGUCCACAGAGAACUUUGA